AUGAUUUUAGUUAAUUUCUCUAAAGUUUUCUUUGUUGAAAAUUUAAAUUAUUCGAAAAAUAAGAAAAAAAUUUUCUAUUUGAACAGAACAAAUGUUUAUUAUAAAAAAGGAGAUAAUUUUAAAAGUUUAUUCAAAAAAAAUAAAAUAACAAGAAUUAUAAAUAAUACAAACUUCGUUUUUAAUACUAGAAAAUUUAAUUCAUAUCAGUAUUUAGAAACAUUUUUUAUUAAUAAUAAAUUCAUAAUGAGUAGAGAUCAACCUCUUGUGAUAUUUAUGCUUGGUGGACCAGGAAGUGGAAAGGGAACACAAUGCAAAUUAAUUCAAGAAAAGUUUGAUUUUAUUCAUAUUAGUGCAGGUGAUUGUUUAAGAGAGUAUUUAAUAAAAUGUGAAAAAAAUGAAGUAAACAAAAAACAUCAAUCAAUUGUAGAAGAUUGUAUAAAUAAUGGAAAAAUAGUUCCUGUAAAUAUAACUUUGGAAUUAAUGAAAAUAAAAAUUGAAAGUGAAAUAGAGAAAAGAAAACAACUAGAACAUGAACAAAUUGAAGAAAGAGAGGAAAUAAAAGAAAAAAAAAACAGUUUUUCAUUUAAUUUAUUAGAUGAAAACAUAUAUUUAAAAAAUACAGAUAUGGAGAAAUACCAUGAGAAAUUAAAAUAUGAAAAUAAUAUUUAUGAAAAUAAAGAAGUAUUAGAGAUAUUAAAAAAAAAUAAAUUAAAACAAAAAGCAAAGUAUAAAUUUAUUAUUGAUGGAUUUCCAAGAAAUUUCGAUAAUUUUAAUGGAUGGAUUAAGAUUAUUGGAAAUUAUGCUUAUGUGCAUCUAUGUUUAUUUCUUUAUUGUGAUGAGGAAGUUAUGAUUGAAAGAUGUAUAAGUCGAGGAUUAGUGAGUGGGAGAGUUGAUGACAAUAUGGAAACAUUAAAGAAAAGAUUUGAAACUCAUAAAAAUGAAUGUAUUCCUAUAAUAAAUUUAUUUUUAAAUGAAAAUAAAUGUAUUUUUAUUAAUGCAAAUAAAAAUAUUGAACAUGUAUGGAAUGAUAUACAAUAUAUUUUUUCAAAUAUGUAA